UAAAAACCUGCGCAAUUUUGAUAAAAUAUUGGUGAAAAAGUAUCUUUUAACUCUGUACAGUAAGUGCAACAACUCUCGCCUUUGUUUUGGAAAGCUUUUAUAAACAUAACGCCUAAACGUUCAGACUAAUGAGAAUAUAUUUAUCAGCUUUCUCUCUUUUAGCUGUUAUUUAUUUAAUCUUAAAUGGUUAACAAGCAGAAAACUAUAAAACGGGAAGGUACUGUGGUAAUACCACGUUGUUUAGACAUGUACCAUGUCGUAUACUCUGACGUAUCUUUGAGUUUCAUAUUAUAUAUUACAGUAUGUCAAAAGUUUACUUUAGGAAAAUGACACUAGAUUUUUUUUUUUUUUUUUUUUUUUUUUGGGCCAUGUACUAUCGUGGUACCCUGGUAGCCUAUUCUUUGACAUAGAGUGCCUUUGAGUACCAUGCAAAUGCUAUGCCAUUUAUGUCAAAUGUUUGCAAUAACAAAAUGGCACUACCAUGGUUUUGGAGUACCAUAAAAAUACCUUGGUAUAUACCUAAAUAAAUAUGCUAAUCAUUCAGUACCAUGACAUGAUACCGUCUCUGCAUCAUGGUACCAUACAAGUGUUUUUUAUUGUGAAGGUUUGCUGCUGUUAUUCAUUUCAUUGGCCUUUUUGUAGGUAAAUUCAGUGAAAUUUGUUCUAUUCUGUGCUGUGUGUUUCUCAGAAUUCUUUUUAUUUUAUUUUUUUUCUCAGGACACUUCAGUGGAAAUUACAGCCUGUGAAGCUUACAGUCUGAUCAGAGAGCACCAUGAAUUUAAACAACUUUGUGGUACUUCCCAGCAAGCCCAAGUCAAUGAAGUUAAAUGUCAGGAAUCUCCGGGAACUGCGUAUGGAAACAGUGCAGUUGGAUCAACGUGCCAAGGAGAUGGAGAGCAGACUGGAGGAGCUCAGACAGCGUAUGAACCAGGAGAAAGAGGAGAGGGAGAAGAUGGGAGCUUCUCACUGGCGUUCUGCACAGGCUCUCGCCCCUGCGUUUCAAAGUGUCAAGACGAACAAGGGGAACGCACCUCACAGACUCUCUCCAGGCAAGAUGAAGAUUAGAGUGCUGAAGGAUGAGUCUGUGCCAGCAGUUCAGAAGCAGGAACCAGCCAGCAAGGCACAUGGCGCUAACAGGAAGCUUAAACUGAGUGGAAAAGUCUGUGGACAGUGUGAAGUUCAACUGGCCGGACUGAUGUGUUCGGAAUGCGGAGAAGAUUAUUGUGUGGGCUGCUUUGUCAGAUUCCACCAGAAGGGGGCACUAAAGCGCCAUCGCAUGGUUCCUGUACAGGCAGAGCUCCAGACCCCUGUCAGCACUCGGGAUGUGUUGGGUCGCCUCCAGCAGCAGGUAAGCAGUGAGGAGAGUCAACUUGCACAAGCUCGUGGUGCAUCUUCCAAAUCCACUGAUGAAAGAGAAGCCACAGAGGAAAGAUCAGCUCCUAGAAACCUUCGGCCCAUGUCUGAUAACCAAACACACCCCACACAGGUGUUGUUUGUGAAUGAUGGUGUUGACGUGGAGGAUGAGGAGACUGGUGAGGAAGAGGACAGCUCUCUGUUGAGAGGACGCUUUGAUGAAGAGCAGUCAGCCAGGUCCUUCCAGGAGGCUCUGAAAGAGUGGAGAGAGAGAGGGCAGAGACCAGUGUCCGUGAUGGAAACACAAACAGAGAAAGGAUCCCAUCAGUUAAUUCAUGUAGAGUUCAAGGAGGACACUCUGAGCUACAUGGAGAAACUCCUCCUGAAAAAACACCGCAGAGGACAAAUUGAAGAAUUUCAGCCCUUGUCUGUCGUCCAAUGCCAGCCAGAGCCACCCACACCUCCACCUGCAGAGACGGAUGAACUGAGCCAACAACUGACAGCAGAGCGGAUGGAGUUGCACAAAUACUUUAACUCUCUCUUCACAAUCGGUCUCGCUGAGGAUGCUGGGAAAGUGGACAGCCCUGCAGAAUCCUGUUUAAGCAUCCUAGAGUUAGAUGAGAUGGUUGGAGACGCUGAAACAUACAGAUCUUUUGGAGUCAAGCAGGGAAAUAAGAGCAAAAUGUUUGCGGCUGUUGAAAAUGAUUUAUCUGGAGGAGGAGAAUUUGGAUUUUCAGUUUUGACUUCCACACCAUCCAUCUCUUCAAUGACCAAAGGAUUGUUCCAGGAAAGUAAUUCUGACAUAAAUAUCAACUCUUCUUAUGAGAUGUGGCCGCCGUCACAAGAGACUGAAAAAUUUAUGUCAUCAUUGCCAAGAUCAGAAAGCUUUUCUCCACUUCAAAUGAGGCUUCAGAGAUCACAGCACCUUUCGACUACCUCAGAACCAUUUCUGUCAAAUUCACGAAGAGGAGGCCAGAAAGCGGAACUGAGUGACUCUCCAAAACCAAGCCCACAGACAAGGUUUUCUACAGCACAACUGGACAAACCCUUAGAGAUUCUGCCAACAUUCCCAAAAACCAAAUUGAAUCAAACUUUUCCAGACUCUGAGGACCAUACUUCUUUUGUCAGCCCCUCUUCUGCUAGAGUACCGUCUGCUAGGUCUUCUCAAUGUCAUUCUACUGCAUUUCUUCUCAUCCCUAAACGGAGUCCAAAACCUCCAGGCUCUCUUUCCCCAAGGUCUAGACCUGUAUCCUCUCCGGUCAACCCAAUCCAAUCUAGAUCUGCUCAUUCAACACCAGAUUCUGAAACGAAAUUAGCUCAACUGUCUCCAGAAAGUGCCAUCAUUUCCCCAAGUACUGCAGUUCCUUCAUUAAGGCAGUUACCUAGACAAUCAUCACAGUUUGGUUCAGUCUCAGAUAGAGGUACACCUACUAUGCCUGUCCAUGAGUCCGUCAGGUCCUCUACACCAAGGGUUGAAUCCUCUCAUACUGAUAGGCACCAUUCACCUCCACCCUCCAAAUGGUUAAAGGGCUCACGAAGGUCACCCAAAACUACUGUGCUCUCCCUACAGCUGAGCAUGUCAGAUUCAGAAGAGGAAAUGACAGGUGAAGAUGCUUUCCUGGUGCCCAGUGAGGAAGACUCAUCUGAUGAAGAACUGAAACGAAUCACAGAUUCAGAAGAACAAAAGAAUGACGUUUCCUCUCCGUGUCCCACCACAAACCCUCCAACAGAUCCUCAUUUCGCUUUCCCGAGCCUCUCAAAGUCAGAACACAACAACACAGAACUGAUCAUGGUUACAGGAUCUUCACAGGCCCUCCAUUCUGUAUCCCAGCGACAGCACAUCCAGUCGGGGCAGUACCAAGACCUAGAAGGGUUCCUCACGCUGGGGCUGGACCCUGGAGUCCUGCAACACAGUCCAGCUCCAGCUCAAGCCCCUAGAGAAGAGCUGAACCACAUGGAGAGUUCUCUCGUUGCAGGGCAGGAGUCUUGGAGAUCUAGCAGCAGUUUUCAGCAUCAAGCUGAGGAAGGGAUAGUCACUGAGCUGGUGAACGGUAGACCCAUCAGUAGCACCCCUCAUCCAUUCACACCAUGCUAUGGCAGAAUGUCAUCACAGAGGCUGUGCUUCUCAGGCACCAUAAGCAGAUGUUCUCCCAUCUCUUUUCGACCCCCAAGCACCGAGUCUCGUCGGCCUGACUCGUCAAACUUCCCACUAUCUCGUGCCGCCCAGGAGAUCAGGGAGGUCCAGACUGUGGAGAAGCUCAAUCUCCAGGACUCUGAUGAGGAAGAAGAGGAUUGUAUGGCUCUGGCCUGCCUUGAAGAAGAGUUCAGAAAUAUAAGCACUACACCAUUAGAUCAGGGUGAGGAGGUUUAGUGGCUUAGACUUCAUUUUUAAAAAUUAAAUUAGGUAUUAAUAAAUUUUUUUAAAUAAAAUCAGUUAUUAAUAAUUAUUUUUUUUUAAAAAUCAGAGCUAUAUAAAUAAAUGACUAGAAGAUAUGAAAGUUAGAUCUGUAGCUGUAUAGUUAGUUAGGCUUUUAUAGAUAUUAAUAGCCACUAUUUGGUGCAGGGCUUUCAAUGCUGCAUUGUGCAAAAAUAAAAAUAUGUUUAAACAUGUCUGAAAUAUGUCAUAUGUCUGAAACCUUCUGCUGUUUUUUACUGAGUAAGAGCCAAAUUUAUUUUCUAAUAUCUACUCCCAUAUUAAAUAUCGGUGACACUUUAGUUUAGCGUCCAGUUAUCACUAUUAUAUAACUAGUGCUUAUUGGCUGUUUAUUAGUACUUAUAAAGCACUUAUUAAUGCCUUAUAUCUGCAUGACCCUUGGAUCCUACCCAAUACCUAAACUUAACAACUACCUUACUAACUAUUAAUAAGCAGUAAUUAGGAGUUUAUUGAGGCAAAAGUCAUAGUUAAUAGUUAGUUAAUAGUGAAAAUUGGACCCUAAUCUAAAGUGUGACCCAAAUAUCCAUUUCAUAUGAACUGCAGUGAAAUUGUACUACAAUAUGGUAACACUUUAUAAUAACACCUAUAUAAUUUUGAAACAUUAUAUACUGUAAAUACAUAAUUAAAUACAUUUUAUAUAUACUACUAGAUUUUUUAAAUGUUUUUGAAAGAAGUGUCUUUUGCUCACCAAUUACAGUUACAGUAAUUUUAAUAUAUCUAUUUUAAUAUAUUUUAAAGUGUAAUUUAUUCCUGUGAUGCAAAGCUGAAUUUUUAGCAUCAUUACUCCAGUCUUCAGUGUCACAUGAUCCUUCAGAAAUCAUUCUAAUAUGCUGAUUUGCUCAAGAAACAUUUCUUAUUAUUAUCAAUGUUGAAAACAGUUGUGCUGCUUAAA